AUGUUUAUCAGACACUUUGGCACUAAAUCCCGGGGUGUUUUCACACGGCACUAUUCUCAGAGAGCUUCUGGAAAUCUGUCGCUGGGACUGAAGAUGGCUGCUUUUGUGGGAGUUGUCGGGAUUGCCAGUUCUUAUGGCACAUACCAGUAUUUCAGAAGUUAUCCACCAAUGGACGUAUUUCCGCCAAAAGCAACCACACCACUCAGUGAUCUGAGCCAGUCGCCUAUCUAUGCAUCUGAGAGUACUGUCCAAGUAGCAGUGAAGGAGAUUUGUCAGCUGUUGUGUCCAGACCAGACGUCCGUUUCAGACGGGGAGCUGGCAUUACAUUCAGACAAUUCGUCGAAUUUCCACAAGCCGACCGAGGAAGAGCGUCCCGACCUUGUUGUAUAUCCCGAGAGCGUGCAAGAAGUUGUCUCCGUGGUGAAAAUUUGCUCAAAGUACCGAAUACCUAUGGUUCCGUACUCUGGCGGAACGUCUAUCGAAGGCCAUUUCAUCCCGACCAGACGGGGCAUUUGCAUUGACGUCAGUCGCAUGAACAAAGUGUUGGAGCUUCACGAGGAGGAUCUUGAUGUUGUUGUGCAACCAGGCGUUGGCUGGCAGGACUUGAAUGCGUAUCUUGACGAGUACGGCCUGAUGUUUGGACCGGAUCCGGGACCAGGAGCGUGUAUUGGCGGAAUGGUUGCCACUAACUGCUCAGGCACGCGGGCCACCAGGUACGGGACGAUGAAAGACAAUGUGAUUGGGCUAAAGGUGGUGCUGAGCGACGGGACCGUGAUCAAGACCAAGAACCGGCCUAGAAAAUCUUCUGCUGGCUACAACCUGACGGGGCUUUUUGUAGGCAGCGAGGGCACCCUUGGGAUCAUUGUGGAGGCCACACUAAAGCUUGCAGUGCAGCCAGAAAACGAGGUGGUGGCAAUAGUCAACUUCAACAAAUUGUCGGAAGCAGCGCAGACUGUGACGGAGCUUUUCCGCCGCGGGUUGCCGUUGAACGCGGUGGAGCUCAUGGACGACCGUCAGAUGCGCUGUUUUGCCGAAAUGGGGGCCAGCGAGGGCCGCAAAUGGAGCGACAAGAAUUUACUGUUAUUCAAGCUCGGAGGCUCAAAAAACACCAUGAAUGACCAGAUCAAAAUCGUGAGGCAGAUUUGCAAAAAGAACGGGGGCUUUAACAUGGAGGUGGCCUCUGAUCAGGCCGAAAAAGACGAGAUUUGGAGAGCGCGCAAAGUGCAACUGUGGACGUCGAUCGACUGGGCUCAAAAAAUGAUCCCCAACGCUCAGGCCUGGCCCACAGACGUUGCCGUUCCUAUUUCGAAGCUGCCCACAGUUAUCACCGAGACAGUGAACGAUAUCGAGUCAAAUGGGCUUUUAACGACGGUUGUUGGACAUGUCGGCGACGGCAACAUCCAUGCACUGGUUAUUUUCCCGCCCGAAAAACGAGCGGUGGCAGAAAAGGUGGUGCACAAUAUGGUGAAGCGGGCAAUUGAAAAUGAGGGAACAGUUUCCGGAGAACACGGUGUAGGGAUUGGUAAGAGAGAGUUUUUGGAACAGGAGCUGGGCCUUGAUGCUGUGAACACGAUGAGACGGCUAAAACUGGCUCUGGAUCCUCAUCUUCUGCUGAACCCGGAUAAAAUAUUCCAGAUAGACCCUUACGAAAUGAGGAUAGAGAAAUAA